AUGAGGAGAGAGUCCCGCAUGAAGUCAAAUGACAUGAGUCUAAAAAGCUUACGAGUUCGAAAGCAAAUGAACUACAAGAUUCCUAAUUGUCCGUUACUUGCGGAGUGGGUGCAAUCAGCAUCUAAAAUGAUUGAUGCCAUCCAAAUAGAGAGAGCCCCUAUGGAGGAAUGCGAGGGAAGCCAAGCUGAUUUAGGAGGGGAUUUGACUGAUAAGGAGAAUGCAAGGGUUGAGGAACACUCACCUGCUGGGGCUCCGGGUGUUGCAAGCCCUUCCUAUUUACGACAUUUCAAGAAAUUUGUCGCGGAUUUUAAUCCGUCAGUUGUGGGUCUUCUGGAGACUAGAGUGAGUGGCUGCAAAACUGAUACGGUAGUUAAGAAAAUGGGUUAUCCUAAUUCUUUCCGAAUUGAGGUACAUGGGUUCAGUGGAGGUAUCUGGCUCCUUUCGCAGAAUAAUGUUCAAGUGAUGCUUCACUCUGUUUCGAAUCAGUUCGUACAUUUCCAGGUUCAAUCUGAGUCCCUUCCUUCCUCCAUCUUUGUUACAGUGGUUUAUGCGGGCCCUCACAUCUCAAUUAGAAGGAAUUUAUGGCCGAAACUUGCUAUGCUUGAUCCGGGAAGUAAUAACCCGUGGGUUCUUGGGGGCGACUUCAACGCUAUUUUGAAUUCGGAUGAGCGGAUUGGGGGUGCAGCGGGGCGUUGUGGAAUAUGUAAGAGUUUUAAUGAAUUCAUCUUUGACAAUAGUUUGACUGAUAUUGGUUUUGAAGGAUCGUUUUUCACUUGGGCGAGGGGCUCUCUGAGACUACUUCUUGACAGAUGCUUGGCUAAUGAAGAUUGGGUUAAUACUUUUCCGGAAUCUAUAGUUCUUCAUCUGGAUCGUCUUGGGUCCGACCAUAGGCCUAUUCUCUUACAAGCUAAAAAGAUGGAAAAGAAGCGAUCAAACAGCCCUUUUCGUUUUUUAUUUCCUUGGCAGGAGCAUCCUAAUUUCAUGGAGAACACUAAGUUCUUUGGGGCGAUUGGGAGGAAGAAAAAGGAAUUAACAGCCCGCCUUAGAGGAAUUGACAGGGUGCUAGCUACUCGGGAUUCAACCGUUCUCCAAGAGCUGGAACGUCAUCUGAAAGAAGAGCUGGAUAGAUUUUUGGAGAUUGAGGAGGAUGUUUGGUUCCAAAAAUCGAGAAGCAAUUGGAUCCUUCAUGGGGAUCGGAACACUUUUUAUUUCCAUGCUUGCGCUAAGAGUCGGCGUCGAAUCAAUACUAUUUUGUCGCUCAAGUUAGAUGACGGGAGUUGGUGUUCAAAUCAACAAGUGCUCCAAUGGGUGGCAGUGGAUUAUUUUAGAAGCUUAUUCACGAGUGGGGGGAACGCUUUUUACUCCUACCAGAUUCGUGGCCAAGUUCCCCGGAUUUCUAGCUCUUCUCUUCAAUUGCUUGGGGAGCCAGUUACAGAUGAGGAAAUUAAGAAUGUGAUCUUUGAAAUGCACCCUUUCUUCUACCAAAAGAACUGGGAGGUAGUGGGACCGAAUGUCUGUCGUCUCGUGAAAGAGAGCCUUUAUCAAAGCAACAUUCCUGCUGAAAUCAAUCGCACCCUUCUAGUACUUAUUCCUAAAGUGGCUAAUUCGAAGAAUAUUACUCAAUUUCGGCCCAUCAGUUUAUGUUCCGUGGUUUUGCAAGACGAUCACUAA